UGCGCGCGCGCCCAGACACACGCACGCACACACCGGCUAACACCGGCUGGCAGAGGGCCGUCGCACACGGUGUUGUCGAAGAAGAAAACGCAUACGGGCUUGCUAGGGUUGCCGCUGAUUAUUUUCUAUACAGCAGUGCGGCACCCGUGGUGACGCGAACGGUGGCAGCGUAGUCCGUCACCAUGGGCGACAUCAGCGAUCUGGACAGACAGAUAGAGCAGUUGAGGAGAUGUGAGCUCAUCAAGGAGAACGAAGUCAAAGCCCUGUGUGCCAGAGCCAGAGAGAUCCUGGUGGAGGAGAGCAAUGUUCAGAGAGUCGAUUCCCCAGUUACAGUGUGUGGAGAUAUCCAUGGACAGUUUUAUGACCUUAAGGAGUUAUUCAGAGUUGGCGGUGACGUUCCAGAGACAAACUACCUCUUCAUGGGAGACUUUGUGGACAGAGGGUUCUACAGUGUUGAAACCUUCCUGCUGCUCCUCGCACUCAAGGUGCGCUACCCUGACCGCAUCACGUUGAUCCGGGGAAACCACGAGUCUCGUCAGAUCACGCAGGUGUACGGCUUCUACGACGAGUGUCUGCGGAAGUACGGCUCGGUCACCGUGUGGCGGUACUGCACCGAGAUCUUCGACUACCUCUCCCUCUCCGCCAUCAUUGACGGCAAGAUAUUCUGUGUGCACGGAGGCCUCUCCCCGUCUAUUCAGACUCUGGACCAGAUCAGAACCAUCGACAGGAAACAGGAAGUGCCUCAUGACGGGCCAAUGUGUGACCUGCUGUGGUCAGAUCCUGAAGACACGACGGGGUGGGGUGUGAGUCCCCGGGGGGCGGGGUACCUGUUUGGGAGCGACGUGGUGGCGCAGUUCAACGCCGCUAACGACAUCGACAUGAUCUGCCGAGCGCAUCAGCUGGUGAUGGAGGGCUACAAGUGGCACUUCAACGAGACGGUGCUUACCGUGUGGUCCGCACCCAACUACUGCUACAGGUGUGGCAAUGUGGCGGCCAUUUUGGAACUGGAUGAGCACCUGCAGAAGGAUUACAUCAUAUUCGAAGCGGCGCCACAGGAAACCAGGGGCAUUCCUUCUAAGAAGCCAGUGGCUGACUACUUCCUGUGACCUCACAAUGACCUUUUAGAAAGGACCCCUCAACAUUGACUACAGGAGAAUGCAUACUGUUAUUAUUUGCAGUACUUGUAUUUUCCCCCUCCCUGCUGUCUUAACUUUGUUUUUGUUUUACACCAAGACUUUUUGCUCACCUAACACUUCACACUUUUUCCAUAAUUUAGGGACCGGUUAUAUUUCAGACUUUGUUCCUCUGAAAGGCAAGACUCUGGGGCCAGGGCUAAGACUGGCUCCUGCUCAGGAGAAACUCUGGGACAUUUUGUUUGUUUGUUUCCUUGUAACACAAAAACUGCAACCUGAACAAGCUACUGUCUCUCUGCUGGGGUUGAAAUUGUAGCUCUGCACCUGAAGGAAGCCAGAGCGGUUUUGGUUCAUGUUUUGUGUGAAAGGUGGAGGUGGGUGUGCGAGUAUGGGUGGAGUAUGGAGGCAAGCAUAGGCAAGAUUACAUUUUGAACUUCAUAUGUGUUUAUUUACCAGGGUAGCUGUACCACUGCACAGCGAUAGCUGCAUGGCUAUACCAAUAUAGCGUCAUAUGUAAUAUUUGGACGACUUUACAAAACACCAAUUUUUUUCAUGUGGAGGGGGGAAUUUACACUUUAAUGAGCAUUUUCAUGUCUCAUUUCCAUGUGUCAUUUCCCAGUGUCUCAACUCUGAAGUGUAUCAGCAGUGUGUUGACACUGUAAGGUGUACAAACACGCAAGCUUAAACUGACGGUGGCAUGUUGUCGUUUACUUUCGAUGGACGGCAGAGGAACGAAAACAUUACAAACCAAGCUGUAUUUUUUUAAAUAUGUUCUUUUUCUGACCAGUCUUUCUGUAGGACUUACUGUUGAUUUUUAUGAUUCAUUAUUUGUGAAAAAAAUAAAAUACUUUUUAGUAUAAAUCA